AUGGCGGACAACGGAAUUUAUGAGGUUGAACGAGCGUUAGAUAGACGAGUUAACGAUUCAACAUUGGAAUAUCUGAUCAGGUGGAAGGGAUUCACUGAAGACUGGGAUACAUGGGAACCACUUGAUAACUUGCUAGACUGUCUCCAUCUUCUCAGAGACUUCGAAGACAAAAAUAGUGGAAAAGCACAGAAAUCUUCAACUUCAGAACAGAAAGAUGAAGCUCAUAUUUUUGCAAUGGAACUCAUCAACAAGAGUAUCCAUCAUAAGAAAUUGGAAGCAAAAUCCAAAACACCAUCCCUUAAACAAAGUAAUAACCAGCAAGUUAAGACUCCUAAAUCAGCAAAAUCUUCAAAAUCUCCAGAGAAAGCUAAAAAUGUAUGUGUUUCAAAGGACAGAAAAUCAAGUCAAUCCCCUAAUAAGAAACCUGUGAAAAAAGUUGCAAUGAAAAGAAAGGCUGAUGAUGUAGAUUCAAGUCCACAACAACCCACUGUAAAAAAGAAAAAGCUUUCCACAGAAGGAAAACUUGCGUCACAAGAAUCUGCAAAGAAAAAAGUUAACGUUAGCAAUGGGAAAUCAAUGUCGCCAGAAUCGGGAAAGGCAAAAGUUUCAAAAAUUUCUGUCAAAGGGAAAGGAAAUUCAUCGGAAUCUCCAAAGAAAAAGUCGAUAAAGAAGUCAGAAUUGGCAUCCUCGAUAACAGAGAGCAAUGACCAAGAAAAGAAAAAGUCUACAGGUUCUAAAAAAAUAACAGAGAAGAAAGCGAUCAAGAGGCCAAGUACCUCUCUUUCAACAACAGAUAAAAAAGAUACAAAAAAACCCAAAGCAGCUACCUCAUUGACGGGAGUAAUAGUGAAGGGAGUAAGCAAGUCUACAAGUAAAAAGGAGCAGUCUUCAAAUGCAGCGAAGAAAGUGCUGAAUAAAAGCAAGAAAAUUGCUCAAGACAAAGUAAAGACUAAGAAUACUGUCAAGAAACUAACAACAAAAGGAGCUCCAAAUCCUAAAAAAAAGCAAACUGUGAAAAAGAAAGACAACAAAACUGUUAGUAAGCAAGAAUCUCAAGGUUUGAAGAAAAUGCCAAGUUUGAUAAAGACUAAAAGUUUAGAUUCAAAACAAUCAAAGUCAAAUAAAAACUUCACAAUGAAAAUCAAGUUAAAAUCUUUAUCUCCUAAAAGUAAAUCUCAGGUUCCAAAACAGAAGGAAACAAAAAAGUCAAAUGACAAGGGUACUGGUACAGCAGAGUUGGAGGAACAUCUGAGGAAACUAAGAGCAAUGAAAAAACUGCAGAAAAGCUUGAAAGAUAAACUGAAUGAUGUUGAAGUAAUAGAUAUGGACUCUGAUGAAAAAUCUGAUUCCUCGGGUGAUGAAGGAUGUCUGUCUCCUAAAAAAGUGUAUCCUAAAUCCACAGACAUUUCCUGGAAAUGUGGUGCUAAUAAAUCAGUUCCCAAUAACAAGAAUGAUGGGGGCGUCAGUAUAAAGGCCAUAGCAGGGAAUUCAAAUGUCUAUACUGCUAAGGACAGUACCCUUAUUACAACACCUGAACGCCAGCGAACUCUACAGGUUAAGAUCAGCCCUCUCAGGAGUCCCCAGGAAGUCCCAAGGAAGAAGCUUCACUUGAUAGACAGUAUCAAGUCUAAAAAAGUGAUGUUGCCCUUAGCGAGGCCUGUGUCGCCUACACCCCUUUUUACCACUGUCAAACCUAUGAGCAAAGCAAGUGUUAUAAAGAUGGCUCCUACAGCCACCACUUCCUCAGCUACCAUGGAGACAUUGUGUGGAGACGUUCCUGCUUACCAGUAUUUCCCGGCUGUGAUUCCUGUGAGUCCAUCUUCAAUGUCAUACCGAAUGUUCUUGGACAAUCUACCCCAGCAACUGAAACAAAAAGGAGGCAAGCGUGUUGAGAACGGUGACUCACCUCCAGAGGAAAUGGAAAGAAGGAUCAGCGUUAGACAAAGUGAAUGUGCUUUUCGCUACAAGGAUAUCGUAGUGAAGAAAUGUUCCAAGUACACUCAGAUCUGGAUGAACACGCACACCAAGAUGAAGAAUGCUCUAAAUCCACAGGUCAUUCAGGAGAUAUGCUCAGCUUUGAACUCUGCCAAGUAUGAUGACAGUAACUUGGUCAUGUUCAGUGGGCUUGGCAAUGUCUUUUGUCAGGGUCUUGACCUUCAUUACCUUGUCAGGGGAGACAAGCGUGUUGCAUCACGCCAAAUGGUGGAUGCUUUGAGAGAUUUCACUAAAUCCUUGAUAACAUUUCCUAAACCGAUUGUUGCUGUGGUAACUGGACCUGCUGUGGGCCUUGGUAUGACCAUGUUGCCACUAUGUGAUGUGGUGUAUGCCAGUGACAAGGCCACAUUCCAUCUACCAUAUGCUCAACUUGCACAAACACCAGAAGGAGGGGCCACCUUCUCUCUUCCGUCAGCAAUAGGCAUGGCGAUGGCCAAUGAACUGCUUAUCGCAGGACGGAAAAUCACUGCCAUUGAAGCAUGUCAGCUGGGCUUGGUUUCUCAGGUAUUUUGGCCAACCAGUAUCAUGCAGGAGGUCAUUCCAAGGAUCCAGAACAUGGCGAGCAUGUCUGGCAAGGCCCUCGAAACAACCAAGCUUCUCAUUCGCAGUCAUCAACGAACAAAAUUAGAGUUAACAAAUGAAUCUGAGAGUAAUCUCCUCCUGGAAAGAUGGCCGUCAUUUGAAACGCAGAAGGCCAUCGAAAGUUACCUCAGUAACGAGAAGAACUUCAUAAGUACAUGAUGACAAAGUGUCAUAGGGUGUAGUAAAAUGUAGAAUGAUGUUACUAUUUAUGAUUUCAAUUAAUCAAAGAGAUUUUGUUUGAGAUAUUAUAAUUCUGAGAAUAGGAUGACCAUAGUCUUAAAAUAUGUGAAUUCUUUUAGUGAAAACAACUUUUUAAAACCAAGAUGGAUUUUAAAGUAGGGUGUGCAUGGUAAUAUUGAGCAAUGAAUGUAUGAGUCUGGGACAUUUCUUGGCAGCAUGCAUUUCAUAAAUUCAUAUAGAAUGUUUUCUUUGUGGAUACAUCAAUGGAAGAAAUAACGCAUUGCUAUGGGACGACUUUCUUCAUCACUUGACAAACAACUGACUGAUUUCAGGGAAAACCUUUGUAAUACCUCAGUACAGGAUUGUACUAGC